AUGCUGAGGCUCAGCAGAAGGACCACUGCAGUUCUGAGCGGCGACAUGUCGGCUGCAGCAGAACAACGACCUGAAACACAAGAAGCUGCACUUAGAUCAACUCUGACACUUGAGACACAGCACCAACUGCGACGCAUUUACUGCGACGUCUUCACUGCGACGUCUUCGCUGCGAUGCAUUUACUGUGACACAUUUACUGCGACGUCUUCACUGCGACGUCUUCGCUGCGAUGCAUUUACUGCGACAUCUUCACUGCGACGUCUUCGCUGCGAUGCAUUUACUGCGACGUCUUCACUGCGACGUCUUCGCUGCGAUGCAUUUACUGCGACGCAUUUACUGCGACGUCUUCACUGCGACGUCUUCACUGCGACGUCUUCACUGCGACGUCUUCACUGCGACGCAUUUACUGCGACGUCUUCACUGCGACGUCUUCACUGCGACGUCUUCACUGCGACGCAUUUACUGCGACGUCUUCACUGCGACGUCUUCACUGCGAUGCAUUUACUGCGACGUUUUCACUGCGACGUCUUCACUGCGACACAUUUACUGCGACGUUUUCACUGCGACGUCUUCGCUGCGAUGCAUUUACUGCGACACAUUUACUGUGACGUCUUCCCUGCUACGCAUUUACGGCGACACAUUUACGGCGACACAUUUACUGCCAUAUCCUCACUGCGGCGCAUUUACUGCGAUUUCUUCACUGCGACAUUUUCACUGUGCCGUCUUCACUGCGACGUCUUCACUGCAAUGCAUUCACUGCGAUGUAUUCAUUGCAACAUUUUCACUGUGAUGCAUUUACAGCAAAUCAGUUUAAAAUCUUUUCCACAGCUCUCCGUCCAUUUUGUGGUGGGUUUUGUGUCGUUUUUGUUAUUGUUCUUUCAAUUUUCAACAGUUUCCCCUCUGUUUCCAGUAGUUUUUUGUCUGGUUUCAGUAGUUUUCUCUCUGUCUCCAGUAGUUUUCUCUCUGUUGUCAGUACUUUUUUGUCUGUUUUCAUUAGUUUUCUCUCGGUUUUCAGUAUAUUCCUCUCUGUUUACAGUAGUGUUGUGGAUUGGUUCCUCACUAGAUGUUCCCUCAGGGCACCGAGCAGCAGAAUAUCUGCAGUCAGAGUUCAGCGGAUGCAGCUGAAGUCGUGAGUAACAGACUGAAGGCCGUAAACGGACCGGAGCAGCUGGAGCAGCUGGAGCGGAGGUCAUGUGACCGGUCUUACCUGCCGGAGCUCUGGACUUCCUCCUGGUCUCUGUCGGUCGGACUCUCUGCCCGGUCUCUGGGCUGCCAGGAAACAAGGCAGGAUCAUUUUUCCAGAGAUUACAGCGACGUAGGCGGACAGGACGUGACAUGCCUGAUCCGAUCCGUGUGUCUGACAUACCAGAGCGCACACGCUUCAGUUUCUGCACAAACACAAGAAUGAGGCGAGUGUUUGUCUGAGAGGAAGCGACAGGUGGUCGAUUUAACGCUGCAGCUCCACCGGGCUGCAGAUCUGCUCACCGUCCAGCUGCUGGGGGGCAGCUUCUGGAGGGUCUGCAUGUUCUAGAGGUUCUGUUCUGGAUGUUCUACAUGUUCUGGAUGUUCUGUUCUGGAUGAUUUACAUGUUCUAGAUGUUCUACAUGUUCUAGAGGUUCUGUUCUGGAUGUUCUACAUGUUCUAGAGGUUCUGUUCUGUUUGUUCUAGAUGUUCUGGAUGGAGGCAAACAUGGAGUAGAACACGUAGGAGAACACGGAGGAGAACAUGGAGUAGAACACGGAGGAGAGAACAAACCCUCCCCUGCAGGUAGCAGCUGCUGCCAUGGCAACAGAGGAAGAGGCUGGUUGCCAUGGACGCAGGUGGGAUGUGUGACGAGGGAACCGAGGUCAGAACAACACAGCAGAACGUCCAGCAGGAGGUCAGAGUGGAACCAUAAACUGUUCGUCACAGAGAGGCUGCAGAAGAACUCUUUCAGAGGUUCUUUAAAUACUAAGAAGGAACUCUGGGUUCUGGCCGGAGGUCAUGAACCUCCUCAGGAGUCGUUGUCAUGGUGACCUCUGCUGCUGAACUCCCAUAAUGCUCUGGGUGGGAGGAUGUUUGAGCAGAACACUGAAAGAACGUGUCCAGGAGGAUCUGAUGAAUCCUCAGAAUUUCUGCUAGACGUUCUCCUGGGAGCACGGACUUCACAGCUUUUCUACUUUCACACUUUACGUUUAUUUCAUUAUUUUUAUUAACUUUAUUUGUUUAUUAGCUAUUUCCGUUACAUGUUUGAUGAAUUUUUUGCUUUUUUCUUCUUAAAAAUGUGAUUUUAUUCCAAUUUUUGAUUUUAUUUUAAAUGUUUUGCCUGUUCUCGGUUUUGUUUAUUUUUUAUUAUUGUAGGUUGUUGGUCUUUUAUUUUAUA